UUUAGCGGGCGCCGGCGCCCGGAAGGUCAGCGUGUGAAGGAGGUGGUUGUUACGCGGGUCUCCCCACUAUUACAGAGGAGAAACGGGCGAGCACGCGAUCUCGGCCUGAAGCGGCGGGGAGAAGCAGACGGGCAGUUUGCUGCAACACCAUGGAGGGCGGCGGCGGAAGCGGCAACAAAACCACAGGGGGGUUGGCCGGCUUUUUCGGAGCCGGUGGAGCAGGCUACUCGCACGCGGAUUUGGCCGGAGUCCCGCUAACUGGUAUGAACCCUCUGUCUCCUUAUUUAAAUGUGGAUCCACGGUAUCUCGUGCAGGAUACAGAUGAGUUUAUUUUACCAACUGGAGCUAAUAAAACCCGGGGCAGAUUUGAACUGGCCUUCUUUACCAUUGGAGGAUGUUGUAUGACAGGGGCUGCAUUUGGGGCAAUGAAUGGUCUACGGCUAGGACUGAAGGAAACCCAGAACAUGGCCUGGUCCAAACCAAGAAAUGUACAGAUCUUGAAUAUGGUGACCAGGCAAGGGGCACUUUGGGCUAAUACUCUAGGUUCUCUGGCUUUGCUCUAUAGUGCAUUUGGUGUCAUCAUUGAAAAAACACGAGGUGCAGAAGAUGACCUCAACACAGUAGCAGCUGGAACCAUGACGGGCAUGUUGUAUAAAUGUACAGCCCCUGGCAACCACCAUUCUACUUUCUAUCUCUCUGAAUUUGACUGCUUUAGGUACCUCACGUGGUCUUCGAGGGGUGGCACGAGGCGGCCUGGCAGGACUAACCCUUACGAGCCUCUACGCGAUAUAUAAUAACUGGGAGCACAUGAGAGGCUCCUUGCUCCAACAGUCUCUCUGAAGAUUACUAGCUGGUGAACGGAGGACACUUUAGUAGUCAUCCAGAUCAAUUUAUAAGUCAGUCUGGAGUCAUUUACUCUUUUACCUGCAACUAGUUUGAAAAAGGAGAUUCCAGUUUGCUGUGAUGAAGAUCAUGGAUGGUUGACCAGGACUGGCACUCCUUCCAGCCAUUAAUGAGUUGAAGCCAAAAUCCUUUGGUGGCUGAGUAAUGUGGUUCUCUUCUCCUUUAAAGAAGAUCUUGCACCUGUUUUUUCUCCUACCCCCCCGAACUGGAAAACCACUUACUCCCAGAAUUCAGGUCAUGCUUGUCAAUGCUGUAUCACCACAUUUGUUCAUUUAAUAAUCCAAGACUGUAAUACUGCCCUGUAUUCCCAAUAAAGGGUAAAAACGGAACCAAAGUCAUAACUCCAACAUAAAA